AUGUCGCAGAAAACGCCUUUCUUGCGCAUUUCAAGUGCAGCAACAGCAGCAGCAGCAGCAGAAGUGGAAGAUGUCGACAGCCCCUGCUGCUUCCCCGAAGCUGAAAUGCGAACUCCCCGCGCGGCGCUGCGCAGCCCUUCAGAGCCCCGCACUCCUUCCAAGGACUCUGGGGGAAAGCCCUUCUCUCUGGGGUCUCCAUUGGUGACUCCGAAGCUGGACAGGAGGAAGGCGAAGCACCGUUCGGCUUCGCAGGCCGCUGCUGCUGCUGCUGCUGCUGCUGCUGCUGCAGGGGGCCCCAAGGCGGCCCCCGGGGGCCCCCCGGCGCGCGCCGCACCCAGCCUCUUCGCAGGCCCCGGGCUCCCGCAGAAAGAACUCGCAGCAGCAGCAGCAGAAGUCCGAGCAGCAAAUCCCACACUGAAGUGGUGCUCCGUCGAAGCAGACGACGGCGAACAGCUCCUCCGCCGCUUCGACAUGCAGCCCAUGUACGGCCCCUGCAUGGGCCUGAGCAGAGAAGACAGGUGGCGAAGAGCUGCGGAAAUGGGUUUGGAGCCUCCAGCUGAAGUGCUGCAGCUGCUGCAGCGUCGCCCAAAGAGCAGCAUGAGUGUCUUUGACCAGCGGCUGAAUCCUGACGAGUCCGCUUCCCUCUAG